UAACAAUCAAAAUUGACAAUUUCGCUGCGCUUCACUCCGCUCUUUUGUUUAAUAAACAAAAAAAUCCAAAUAAACAUUACGCGUCUGAUGUAUUACAACAAAAAGUAACAAAAUUUUGAUAUACAGAUUAUAGUUGAUUGUAAAAGCGCGCAAACUUGCAAUUUGCUAUGUUGCGUUGCAUACGUUUCGGUGAGGUGUUGCUAGAUGAGACUUUCCGGACAUUUUUAAUAUGUAAUCAGUGCCAGGCGGAAUUCGUGGAAGUGCCGGAGUUUCGUGUGCAUAUUGCGACCACCUCCUGCGGAGAGCGGCUAUUUAAGGAAAAUGUAAUUGGCUUAAAAUUUGGUGCCGCACAAGUCACGCGCACCAGCAAAGAAAAAACAUAUUUGUUGUAUAAUCCAGCGGAUGUGCAAUUAGCUACCACAGAGACGGUGAUUAACAGCGCUACAACAUCAGCAGAAGGUGGCGACGAUGCCUACUUAGAUUUAAUGAAAAUAGAAGAAGAACUACUCGAUCCGCGUUGGUACACAGAUAUUGCAAGUGCACAAACUGAAGUGGCUAGUCCACAAGUUGCUACAACAAUAUCAGGCGCGGCUAAUGCCAAUAAACCGAUGGAAUAUAAAGAACUCGUAGAGGCUGUGGGACCGUAUGUCCAGUUUAAAGAAAACGCCUCAAAAAGAAAACCCAGCAGCAUUGUGGUGAGACGUUUUCCCAAUAAGUCUGAUAAUCCUGCUGCUGCUAAAAAAAAUCCAGUAUUACAAACGAAACUUGAGCAAAGCAACGACCAAAAAACGGUACGUUUGCUGAAUCCUGCAGUGAAACGAAAACUUGAUAUGGCACCAAAGCAGGUGCAAUUUAAUGAUAAAGCGACUGUAAAAUAUGUAAUUAAUGAGAAAUUAUGUACGAAUUCUGCGGCAAUAACUGAAGAAAUAUCGCUAAAUAAUGGCGCGGUGGUAAAGCGCCGUAAAACGAUAAAUAUACCCGCGGAGCAUACGAGUGUGCGGCAAGACCUGCAGGAGCAGGCCAUUAGGCGAAGUUCAGAUGUACCAAAAAGUACAAUCGGAAUGACCGCAGUACGUAAGACUGUUACGCAAGCAACAAAUGCAGUUGGAGCUAACAAAACUGCAAAAUCGCACAAUAUCACUACUGCGCCGGCUGUAGCAAGUUCAAAGAUUGCUCCCGCAACAAAAUUGGUAUCAACAGCUGUACCUAAAACCGACGCAGCAGUACAGAACAAAGGCCUGUUGCCUCAAACGCGUGCGAUAGCUAAACAAAUGAAUGGCAAAAAUCAAGCAAUCAACUCCAAUUUGCUAGUUAAAAAUCCUAACACAUACGCCAGAGCUAACACGAAUGGUAUAACAAGCGACAAACCGCUACCAAAUCGAACCACAUCCGUAUCUGUCAACAAAGUAGUACCAACAGCUAUCAAACCACAACCACGUACUGUUACUACAUCGGGCGUAGGAGCAACACAAGCGGCAGCCGUCGCGUCUUUGAAGCAAACAGCACCACCCGCACUAGCACCCUUAUCAAGUAGUAAUCCCACUGCCACUGCUCAACAGAAAACCAAUGAUAUAUUAAACAAACUACAAACGCGCGGCUUGCAGGUGAAACGCACGCAGCCGCCCGUCACGACAUUGGUCAACACAAGUCAACAGAAGAAAACGAUGGAGCUGCUGCAAAAACUGCAAUCCAAGGGCAUGAAGGUGAAAAUACUCAAUGGCAAGGAGGCGGUGUGUGCAAGUGCCAGCAACAAUUUGCCAACCACUGCAGUGAGCGAUGCGAAAAUCUUGUGCAACGUGGGAAGUGCCGCGUUGGCGCUGGUCAAACCAAAUAAGACGAUUUUAAACAAUAAGCUCAUAAUUAAGAAAGUAAAGUAGUAGUAAUGGUAGUAAAGUAGAAUUUUACUACGUUUUGUCGAUAACCGUUAGGCUGUUUUUUUUUUUUUAUAACAAAAGCAGAUUUUAGAUAUUUAUUUAUCCGCCAACAAAUUUUGUUUCAAAAACGUAUUCAUUAGAACUGAAAAAAAAAAUUCGAAUAAUCUAUGUAAUUUCCUUUAUGUAUUAGUUUCGUAUUAAUAUUUUUUUAAAUUAUAAUUCAUUAUGUAAUGCUUAAUAUUUAAGCAAACAAAUAUGCGUCACUAAAUGUUUACUGUUCUCAUCUAUGUUGAAUAACAUAUUAACAUAUGUAUGUAUGUCUGUAUUUAUGUUCACUCAGCUUCGUUUGCCGCAGCUGAGCAGAAAUAUUUGAAAAUAAAUCGUUUUCAAAAACUUGAUUAA